CCGGCUGAAUGUCAGUGCGGAGCUGUGGGCCGGGGAGGAAGGUGGUUGGCGGUCCCUCUACCACCUCCGCCGCUGCCUCCUCCGCUUGUGCUGCCGCUGCGGGCGCUCGGUCGCUCGGCCGCUCGGGCAUGAGGCCGUGAGGCGGGCAACGGGUCGGGGCCGCCGACAUGUUUGGCCGCUCGCGGAGCUGGGUGGGCGGGGGCCACGGCAAGUCUUCCCGCAACAUCCACUCCUUGGACCACCUCAAGUAUCUGUACCACGUUUUGACCAAAAACACCACAGUCACAGAACAGAACCGGAACCUGCUAGUGGAGACCAUCCGUUCCAUCACCGAGAUCCUAAUUUGGGGAGAUCAAAAUGACAGCUCUGUAUUUGACUUCUUCUUGGAGAAGAACAUGUUUGUUUUCUUCUUGAACAUCCUGCGGCAGAAAUCAGGCCGCUACGUGUGCGUUCAGCUGCUGCAGACCUUGAACAUCCUCUUUGAGAAUAUCAGUCACGAGACCUCACUCUAUUAUUUGCUCUCUAAUAACUAUGUAAAUUCUAUCAUUGUCCAUAAGUUUGACUUUUCCGAUGAGGAGAUUAUGGCAUAUUAUAUAUCAUUCCUGAAAACACUUUCGUUAAAACUCAACAACCACACCGUCCAUUUCUUUUACAACGAGCACACUAACGACUUUGCCCUGUACACAGAAGCCAUCAAAUUUUUCAACCACCCCGAAAGCAUGGUUAGAAUUGCUGUAAGAACCAUAACUUUGAAUGUCUACAAAGUGUCAUUGGAUAACCAGGCCAUGCUGCACUAUAUCCGAGAUAAAACUGCUGUUCCUUACUUCUCCAAUUUGGUCUGGUUCAUCGGGAGCCACGUGAUCGAACUCGAUAACUGUGUGCAGACCGACGAGGAGCACCGGAAUCGGGGGAAACUGAGCGACCUGGUGGCCGAGCACCUGGACCACCUGCACUAUCUCAAUGACAUCCUGAUCAUCAACUGUGAGUUCCUCAAUGAUGUGCUCACGGACCACCUGCUGAACAGGCUCUUCGUGCCCCUCUAUGUGUACUCACUGGAGAACCAGGACAAGGGAGGAGAACGCCCGAAAAUCAGCCUGCCGGUUUCUCUCUAUCUCCUGUCGCAGGUCUUCCUAAUUAUACAUCACGCACCCCUGGUGAACUCACUAGCGGAAGUCAUUCUGAACGGUGAUCUGUCUGAGAUGUACGCUAAGAGCGAACAGGAUGUUCAGCGAAGUUGCGCCAAGCCCAGCAUUCGGUGCUUCAUUAAACCCACCGAGACGCUAGAGCGGUCCCUUGAGAUGAAUAAGCACAAGGGCAAGAGGCGGGUGCAAAAGAGACCCAACUACAAAAACGUUGGGGAGGAAGAAGAUGAGGAGAAGGGGCCCGUCGAGGACGCCCAGGAAGACGCCGAGAAGGCUAAAGGUACUGAGGGUGGUUCAAAAGGCACCAAGACGAGUGGGGACAGUGAAGAGAUAGAGAUGGUGAUCAUGGAGCGCAGCAAGCUCCCGGAGCUGGCGGCCAGCAUGUCCGUGCAGGAACAGAACACCACGGACGAGGAGAAGAGCGCCGCCACGGGCUUGGAGAGCGUGCAGUGGAGCAGACCCUUCCUCGAUAUGGUGUACCACGCCCUGGACAGCCCGGACGACGACUACCACGCACUGUUUGUGCUCUGCCUCCUCUAUGCCAUGUCUCAUAACAAAGGCAUGGAUCCUGAAAAACUAGAGCAAAUCCAGCUCCCGGUGCCCAGUGCGGCCGACAAGACCACCUACAACCAUCUCCUGGCCGAAAGACUCAUCAGGAUCAUGAACAACGCUGCCCAGCCAGAUGGGAAGAUCCGGUUGGCGACGCUGGAGCUGAGCUGCCUGCUCCUAAAGCAGCAAGUCGUGGCCAGCGCGGGCUGCAUCAUGAAGGACGUGCACCUGGCCUGCCUGGAGGGCGCCAGAGAAGAAAGCGUUCACUUGGUACGGCAUUUUUAUAAGGGAGAAGAAAUUUUUUUGGACAUGUUUGAAGACGAGUACAGGAGCAUGACAAUGAAGCCCAUGAACGUGGAGUACCUCAUGAUGGACGCCUCUAUCCUGCUGCCCCCGACGGGCACGCCGCUGACCGGCAUCGACUUCGUGAAGCGGCUGCCGUGCGGCGACGUGGAGAAGACGCGGCGGGCCAUCCGGGUGUUCUUCAUGCUCCGUUCCCUGUCACUGCAGCUGCGAGGGGAGCCACAAACCCAGAUACCUCUCACUUUGAAUGUGAAACGGUCUGAGCUUCUCCUUGAAGAGCCAGAAGUGUGGAGCCUCAACAACAGUGACCUGAUCGCGUGCACCGUGAUCACCAAGGAUGGUGGGAUGGUCCAGCGAUUCCUGGCUGUCGAUAUUUACCAGAUGAGCUUAGUGGAACCUGAUGUGUCCAGGCUUGGCUGGGGAGUGGUCAAGUUCGCAGGCCUGCUGCAGGACAUGCAGGUGACCGGCGUGGAGGACGACAGCCGCGCCCUGAACAUCACCAUCCACAAGCCUGCGUCCAGCCCCCACUCCAAGCCCUUCCCCAUCCUCCAGGCCACCUUCGUCUUCUCGGACCACAUCCGCUGCAUCAUCGCCAAGCAGCGCCUGGCCAAGGGCCGCAUCCAGGCGAGGCGCAUGAAGAUGCAGAGAAUAGCCGCCCUCCUGGACCUCCCGAUCCAGCCGACGACCGACGUCCUGGGGUUUAGACUCGGCUCCUCUUCCUCCCAGCACCUGCCUUUCCGCUUCUACGACCAGUGCCGCCGGGGCAGCAGCGACCCCACCGUGCAGCGCUCCGUGUUCGCAUCCGUGGACAAGGUGCCAGGCUUUGCCGUGGCCCAGUGCAUAAACCAGCACAGCUCGCCGUCCCUGUCCUCGCCACCGCCGUCUGCCAGCGGGAGCCCCAGCGGCAGCGGGAGCACCAGCCACUGUGACUCUGGAGGCGCCAGCUUGUCGUCCACCCCUUCCGCCAUCCAGAGCCCGGCAGACGACCCCGUCACUACGGAACAGCCUCAGCCUAAACUCCCCAGCCAGCUGGUGAUCGUCAGCGAAACAGAAGCAGACGCCCGGCCCGGCAAGAGCCUGGCGAGGAGCACAGACGUGGAGACAGCCAACCUGUCCCCCAGCCUCAUCCCCGCCCGGCAGCCCACCAUCUCCCUGCUCUGUGAGGACACUGCCGACACACUGAGCGUGGAGUCGCUGACCCUUGUCCCUCCUGUCGACUCCCACAGCCUCCGCACCCUCCCCGGCAUCCCCCCGCCACCUGUGACACCCGCAGCGGGCACGGCGACGCCAGGCGAGGAGCCAGCGGGCCCCGCUGAGCACUGAGCGGGCGCCUAGUGGCCUCCCCGUGUGUGUGUGUGUGUGUGUGUGUGUGUGUGUGUGUGUGUGUGGCCCCGCCGGUAGGGACCCAGUACUGCUGACCCAGAGACACAUCAGGAGCACCCCGGUCCCCGCGGCCCCGGAACCAUCUCUGCACCCAUUCCUGUGCUCCUUUGCUUCAUUUUGAAUUCCUGUUUCACUUUGCGCCUCUUGGGAGAGCAGGCUGGACCCGGUGGAGACACCCCAGUGAACCCAGGGGACGGGAGGAGGUUGGCCUCCCGGUCUCUGAACCUGGUGACCCCGGGGUGGCAGGACCCCCGCACCCUCUCGUCAUCAGCCAGCCGCUCCGGUCUGGAAGCUCCUUGGCCACCAUGCCCAGUGUGCACAGAAGAAGCGAACCAAGUCACUUUGGGUAGGAAUUUGUAGAGAAACAAACUUGGAUAAGCAUCUCCUUUGGAUAUUUAUUUCCGCUUUCGGCAGCAGAUGAAAAGCAUUUAUUUAAAAAGCGUGUAUUUAAAAAAAAAAAAAAAGUCCAAAAAAAAAAAAAAUCCUCAACCCUGAGGUUUGGCGUCAUGUUAGACAUGUGAUGUUACUGUUAAGAUUUCAUUUUUGUCUUCCCUUGAACUUCCCAGCGUUUUGUUCUAAAGUUCUCAGUCUGGCUUUCUCCGUUUUCUUAUUUCUCUAUGACUCGCUAACUCCGCAAGCCUGUGGAAUGAUUCAAGGACCUUCCUGGAAAGUUUAGAUUAUUUUUUCAACAACAGUAAAGGAGACCCCCACGUAUUCUCAGGUACACAUGGAGCUGAGAGGGCCAGAGGUUUCUCAGGCGUGGUAGCCACGGGGCCUUGCGUUUCCUGAAACGCCUGCCCGGGAAAGGGGCCGCUGCGGCCAGCUUCCCACUCAGGACCCAUCCUUCGUCUCUCCGCACCGAAACCAGUCAGGGCUGCUGCCCAGCUCCACCUUCAGAUCUUGCCGUCUCUCUCUGUCUAGAAAGAACCGCUUGGGACCGUGCAGACUCCGGCCGUGUGGCCGGGAUGGAAAGGAAAGGCCACGGAAGCUGUCCUGUGCGUGGCCCGUGUCCCCACCAUGUGUGUUCGCCCAGGCGGGAGUGUGGGGAGACGCCCGCUGCGGGGUCACGCCCCAGUUCUAGAAGCUGUCCAGGGAACUCCGGUCCACCGCCCUUCCUCCCGGCUGCCACUGCAGAAACAAAAGCUUAUUUUUAAAGAGGAACCCCGCCCCCCACGCCCACCCAGUGGCUUCUCCAUUUGAGCUGGACGCGUGCAGGCCGGUUCCCCGACGUAUCUGAGAAAGCGCCUACUUGGACAGGUGCAGCCAUGCAACCCUCACCUCUCUCCGGUCAGCGCUGAGACCCUCCAGACUCUCCUCCUCUGUGCCCCGGGAGUCCCAGCACACAUGGGCCCGGGUGUCGGGCGGCCUCAGGAGGCGCUCUGAGCCCUCACAGUCUACCUAUUCAAGGACCGCGGGUCUCCCUGGCUUCCCUCAUCCUGCUGGUGUAGAAGGGCCUGCCGAAGCCAGGUGUCCUCCUCCUGAAAGAAACAUGGUGGUCCCGCAGAGGAGGGGCACGGUGCCCGUGGGGACGGGGCUCUCCAUCAUCAGAAGCCCUCUGGGUGGGUGUGCCCACCCCGCUUCAACAGGGAAGAGACCCAGCUCGGAAAAGGAGGCCAUUCAGACAGAAGUUCCGGGGGCCCCAGGAGGAGGGACAAGCCGUGACCCAUCAGCAGGGCCCCCCCUCCCCCCACCCAGGAAGGAAAGGCAGAAGGGAUGGAAGGGGCCGGGGAGGAGAAAGGGCGUGUCAGCAGUUCUGUGUUCUAUGUGAUUUUUUGCUGGGACGUAAGAGCAGGCUGGCUCCCUGGUUUGGCAGGGGCUGUGGGGCAGUAGUAGAAGGCGAAUAACUUCCCAGCCCGGGGGCGUUAUUGGGAAGAACAAGCCCAUGCAGGUCCCCCGCCCCCUGCCCUGGGACCGCCAGCCUGCCACCAGAAAUCCCAUGGCUCCAAGUGGCUUUGUGGCCACCGAGCCCUGGAGAAGAGAUGGGAGCACAGCAUGUCUCGGGGGCCCUGCGGCAGCAUUGCCGGGGCCGGGAGACGGGAACACAGCCCAGCCUCCAGCAGCAGCUGAGCAAGCGUGUCCAUCGCCAAGGGCAGGCCUCUCCCAAAGGCGGGCUUGCGGUGUGGGUCCUGCGACCUCGGUGGGACACCUGUAGGUGUGGGGUGGGGACUUCCUUUAAGCAGGGGCUCCCAGGCACCUUGCUGGUGAGGGGGGCGGCAUACAGCUUUGUGCGAGGAGGUCCGGGGUCCAGAGGAGGUUGGCUCUGAUGAAGGACCAUCAGAGGGCUGGGUCUUGACCAUCGUGGCGGCAUUGGGCGUGGCCGCGUCUUCAGGAGCACCCCGCAAGCCUAAGAGCGGGGUGCUCCCAGGCAGGCCAGCCCAGGCAGAGGGCACUUGGACCCCAGGGUCGGGCAGAGGGAGGCAGAGCGGGGAAUCCUGGCAGAGCAGGAAUGGGGACCACAAACCUUCUGGACUCCUCGGCAAGCCCACCCAGCCUACAAUCUCCGUGUCCCUACAGAGAGAGGGGCCAGGCCCACCUGCCUCAAGUCCAUUGGGCCCAGUGAGUUUGCCAAGCCAGGGGCAGGGCUCGCCGCCUAAACCCCCAAACCUCAGCUGUGAAAGUUGCUGUGGAGGGAAGCAUACGUCCUUCGAGCUUAAGGGCCCGAGCGAGCCAGGGCACCUCUCCCUGAGGGUCGGAUGGGGUGAGGCCAGGGGCUCCCCAGGACCAGCCCCAAAGCCACAACAGGAAUGCGGGGCAGAUGAGGGGCCGGGACGCGGCCUGCCUCACUGCAGGCCUUUGCUCCCUUCUCCCUCUGGCCUGUCUGCCCCCCCCCCACCCCGCCCCACUCUCUGCAGAGGGCAGCCCCCCACCCAAACACCUGAAUUAGCAAGGCCCCCCCCAGGCGGGAGUGAAGGGACAGCCCUCGUUAAAGACAUACACUAGAUUUCCCUAAAGUCUCACGACGCACUGUUAGAAAUAAAGGCACGGGGUGAACGGAUUCUCAUCUUUUCUAGAUGCAAUAAAUAAGAAAUAUUUAAUGUAGUCAUGUUGACAUUGGGCAUAAACUAUCGGGGUUCCUUAUGUUCCUCUGAGGUGAAAAUAUGUAAAUAAUUCUCGGCCCAAGGCGGAGCAGGGGUUGAGAAACCUCCCGCUUCUGGGCCAAGGGACCGUUCCAGGGAAGAACCUGCUGUCGCCAGCGUGACUCAUGCUUUGUGGGCUCCCAACACGAGGGUGGAAAUGAAAACUGGAACUUCCUGGUAAAUUUGAACUUGGCAAUAAAACAGCAAAAGUUACCAAGAA